GCAUCACUCCAAGACUCCGAUACGCUCUUGUAAUCUUGUCUCACGCGGCCAUAGGCGAGUAGGCCAGGCAGCUAGUUAGCGAGCACGCUGAAAUGGCGGCAACGCCAGCACUCAUCCACGUCGAGUCCAUCCGGACGGCCGUACCUUCGCGCGUCGCCGGGGCGGGGCUGUCGCUGCCCAUCACCGUGUCCGGGCCGCCGCUGUCUGCCGCGGAGCUGCAACGCCGGUUCCGCGCGGUGCUAUACUACCGCGGCGCGGGCGUCCGCGAGCCGGAGGCCGCGGCGAGGGAGCGGGCAGCGUGGGUGAAUGAGUCGCUCAGCGCGGCGCUGGUCGACCACCCGGAGAUGGCCGGGCGGCUGCGCCGCCGCGGCGACGGCGACGACGGGCGCCUGUGGGAGGUGAAGCUCAGGGACACCGGCGUGAGGCUGGUCCAGGCCUCGGCGGAGACGACCAUGGCGGCGUUCUUGGAGGCGACGGGCAAGGACCGGGAGAGGAAGGAGACCGCGCUGGCGUGGUGGACCGACGUGGACGUAGACGAGCCCGACAUUUGUGCCCCGUUCUUCAUGCAGCUGACACGAUUCCAGGACGGCGGCUACGCCAUCGGCGCCAGCUCCAGCCUGCUCCUAGCCGACCCGCUGUCCCUCAUCAGCUUCCUCAAGUCGUGGGCUCGCAAGCACGCGCAGCUGCAAGCGCAGAACAAGCUCGUCGCCAACCCGGUGAUCCAAUACACGCGCUACCUGCAAAACCCAGGCGCCGCCAAGCGCCUCAAGUCCGUUCCCCUGGACCUGGGAUCCGCCGCCGCCGCCGCGGCUGACGCCACAACAACCGUGCUCUUCUGGGCGGCCAACGUGUCCGACCACCGCGGGCUUGCGGCGGCCUGCGUCGGCAAGGCCUGCGAGAAACUCGGCGCCAAGGAGCCCCCGCGGCGGUUCACGGUUGUUGGACCACUUGGCCGCGAUGGCUCUGGCGGGCUGAACGUCCAGGCGUGCACGGCGGAUGCUCAGACGCCGUGUCAUGGGCAUGGCCAUGCGCUUCGUGUUGCGAACUGGCGCGAGGCCGGUCUCGAGGAGCUGGCGCUGGAGGGGAGCAAGCCCGUGCAUGUCUCAUACUGCGUCUCGCCGUGUGCCGACGAGGGGCUCGUGGUUGUGAUGCCGGCAGGUGGUACCGAGCUCUUGAUCAGUGCAACUCUGCCGAACUACAUGUAGUUUCGAAAUUGGUGAACGGGGACCUCUAUUGGUAUGACACGAUAUCAUCUUGGUUGCAUAUAUAUUAUCAAUACGUUGCAUCAGUGUUGCUCGUAUCUUGCAUUGUCUAUUUUGGACUGUUGCAGAAAUAUUCUCUUUCCUAUUUGUAGCAAUUUCUUUUUGGUUUUGGCUUAGCUUUUCAGUUUGUUGCAAAUGGCUAUUUUUAUUGAACCAUCAAAUGUUAUCCUUGCAAAAGGAAAGGGAUGUAUUGUCUAUU